AUGGUAAAUUUAAGAAGCUUCUUUCACAAUCCGAAUUUGGCUGGGAUAAUAACAGUUGUUGUCGAUGAUCCAAGCAUAUGGGAACCUCUCAUCAAGGAUAAUAGUGAGUGGGCAAAAUUCAAGAAGGAUGGGUUUUCUCAGUAUCCCAACCUGUGUAUUGUAUUUGGUGAUACAUAUGCUACCGGGGAGCAUGCAGCAGGAAAUGCUGAAGACUUGAUGUUGUCAGAUGAUGACGAAGGAGUAUUCAAUCGUGGUGGUGAUGCAAACGGUGAUCCAGAAGACAUCAGUGAACACCACCUUGAUGAGGGAAUAUUUACAUCUGACAAGAUAGCUACUCCAGUUCAUGACAAGCAUAAGUUGGAUAGGACUCCAAAUACGAAGAGGAGAAGAGCGAGUAACUCAUUCAAUGUUGCUAGCACCUAUAAAGCCAUACAGAAGAUGAUCAAAGCUAGGGCUAGUCGAUCUGUGACUGGCUCUAUCACUUCACAGGUCGCAUCACCACCUGUAAAGCCCUACUCUAUAUCUACUGUGAUUGAUAUCCUAGUUAGCAUGCCUGACUUGGAGUAGAAUCUGUACAACAAAGCAGUGGAACGAGCAUGCGCUAGUGCUAGAUGGAGUGAGGCUUUCAUCAAAUCCCCAACUGAAAGGAGAAAUGGACUUCUCCAAUCUCUUAACUAGAUGUUGGGAAUUGUACCGUGGA